AUGACCACCGCGCCGUCUAUUUUUGUUCUUGGUGAGUCCAGUAACCAACAACCACCACCAACAAAGAAACAGCACUAUCAGAAACAUCCACAACCACCACCAGCAAAACCAAAUAUACUACCAGAGCAAUGUGGGUAUCAGUAUCAGAGGAAGAGGAGUCAGAGGACAGCGGUGGUGGAGGUGGACGUUGAAAACCUCCCAGAGGUGGAUCCAUGGAACUGGCGUAAAUACGGAAGAAAGCCCAUCAAGACAUCGCCAUACCCGCGAAACUACUACAAGUGUAGUAGUGAAGGAAACAAGUGCGAAGCAAAGAAAUAUGUUGAGAAGAGUCUGGAAGAUCCAGAGAAAUUCAUGGUGUCCUACAGUGGCAAGCAUCACCACUCUCCUCCAUGCCGCCGCAAUACUCUCUCCUGCACUACACGAUUGAAAUCAUCCACCACCAUCAAGAAAGCUUCAUGUUCAAACGAGGAUGCAGUGCAUGACAAUGUUACGAUAGAGGUGGAAGAUGAUGACGACAAGGAGGACAUAUUGAAUUCGGAAAAUGUUUUCAUGGGUCUUCAAGAUUUGGUUGGAGGCUUCUGA